AGGACCAAGAAAAUGUCUGUCUCCCUGUCAGUUUCUUGUUUCACAUUUGACCUUUUGUAAAAAUGGCUUGCAGUAACCUCCAUCAGACCCACGAUCAUUGGGUGGUGUGGCUCUGACAACUGACAACCCUGUUUUGGCUGAGCUUUGUCUUUACUGUUGCCUGCACAUUAAACAGACAGAUAGAAGGAGAAACAGUGAGGUGAACAAUUGAGAUUGGUUGGUUAUCAAAAAUAAGAUUGACACAAUUUCUUUAAAAUGUCAUACUGGAUAUAUUACAGUUUACUCUUCUCACAACUCAGCCAAUAAGAAAAGGAUAGUGGAGAAGAUUCCAGGAAAUGACAAUAGCUGUCAUUAGCAUGCAAAAGUUCACACAGGAAAUCAAUCACCACGCAUCCAUGGAAAGCAAGCCCAAAAGAUGGAUGAUCCAGCCCCUGUCCCAGAGACUGGAACCCACAGACGUAUGCCCCAUGCGCAGUUGCACCGCUAAUGACCUCCUCAGACGAGACCAAAGCUGUAGUUACAGCGAGAGCAGCAACUCCACUUCUUUCAGCUAUGAUAUCCUCUCCUUCACCUGCACCCAGUCCUUAGGUAUUGUUUCGUCUCAGAGGAAGGAAGUGCCGUGUGAUGCAAUGGUUCAGGCUAAACAGGAGGCAGUAUUAGAUGAAGUGGACAAUGCAAAUAAUGAUUGGCAUCCAAGCAGUCCCAGUAGCCAUGGAAGUCCUACCAGCAACAAAGGUUCCCACUGUGGCUUCUACUCAUACGUGGAAGACCCUUCCAGCCCAGAGGCAGAGCUGAACAAAACCUGGAUGGUUUCUCAGGAGCGAAAAACUAAGUUGGUCACCCUGAAGAACAAAGACAGUUUUAAACUGCAGACCUACUCCAGUGGCAGGAAGCCACAGAGUCUGUUUGAUGAAAACAAUGGAGAUUCCCGUUAUCAAGUGAAUGAUAAUGGUGUCCAAGUUGUGAACAAGCAUGAUGAGAAGCAGCUCAGACAGCAGAUAAUAUAUACCCAAGCCCCUAAGCAGAACCUCACAUUCAAGGAGCAGUGGAGUGUGCUGGAUAAUCUGAAUCUCAGCAACUCCCCCAACAGAAUAACAGAAGACAGCAAUCGGAAUUCUAUAUUACAGCAUUUGUUGGUUGACUCAAGAGGUGGUGAUACAGGUGAUGAAAGUCUAUACAGUGACAACCUUCAGUCAAAAGGCAGGGAUACACAAUCGACAAGUGGUCACACUGCAACACCAAUUCAGCGGGAGAUCUUCCUCACUCAGGAAAGACAACAGUGUUCACAAGGCAUCAAACACAAUGCUGUCAAUAUAAAGGUGGCAGAGAUCAAGACAACAUCUUCACAGCCCAAACCACUCUUCACAUCUGUCAAAAAGGCGAAACCAAAGAACAGGUUACAUUUUCUUAUCCAGCAGGAAAUUAAGAAGAGUGUUUGGGAAGAGGAUCUGCUGAACCAGGAAAAUGAUUUGGACUUGUAUGACCAUGGGGCAUCCCAGGAUCUAGAGGAGAAAAAGAGGAUCUUUGAACAAGCACCAAAUUUAGACACAGCAGAAGAGAAAAAUCUUUCAAUUUACCACACAAUGAAAGAAAGUUUUGGGGUUAAGGUCAGACAAAGAAGCGGCAGCUCAGAUACGAAACAUUUUCUUAAUCCCUGCUGCCCUCAUAGGGAUCCGGAAGAGACAGAGUUUUACACACAUAAGAGUUCCACACCAGACAAACAGGAAGAACCUAUUCACCAUGAAAGUCCUUCAUUUCUAGUAGAGCAGACAAACAAGAUGACAGUCAGUAAAUAUUACUCCCCAACCACUUUAGUGCCAAAAUUCGAUAAAACCAAGAGCUUUUACCCCUGCCCUACCCCUCCAACUGCCCGACCGUCCUGCUUUUGUAUUGUGACUGCCCAACCGUGGAGCUCCCAACAUCCUACUUUGCCUGUGUAUGCUGGAAUUCAGCCUAUCGAUGAUGUGAACAAUGAGGCCGAAUUAUACUACUCCGUUUUCACGGAGACGGACACAGGGAACUUCCUCUCCAAUGCGGAACGCCCUCUCCGAGGGCUAGUCCCUAAUUUUACGGAUACCCCUUGGCUGUGAUUGGUCCGUAUUGAGAACCGUGAGAACCGCUUGCGUCAGGGGCGGGGUUGCCAUGACCAACAACACAAACAGAAUCCUUUGACCGCCAUUGCUGUCUUGCAGGCCACUCGUGUUACCAGGCAUAAAAGCACAUUUGCCCUGCGUUGGGAGGCUGGCAUGUAUGCAAAUGAGGAUGACCAGUAACUUGUCCCCCUCCCUGGCCCUUCCAGAAUUGGUAGGAUGGCAGCAUGCAUGUAUCAACUAUUGCUUGUUUUAACACAAUAGUUUACUUUCAACAUCAAGUGGUUGAUAUCUGACCUCAACCUCGGUCCUUCAAUACCUUCUAAUUGUAUGCAAAAUAUGAAAGCAUACUGAAAAAUAUAAUGUUUUUAAUUAAUCAGUAAAAACAAUUGGUCAAUUGUAAAAUGAGUGUGCGUCUUUAGAAAAAAAAAUCUGGAAGACAGGAAAAAAAAUCAAGUAACCUUGAUGUGAUGUUAUUUUUAUUUAUGAGCUAGUUGACUACGCUAAAUUAUACCAAAUAGUAGGGUCAACAAAUGACUUGUGUGUUUAGCAAAGUUCAACCAAUUCAACAUUGAGUUUUUAAUGUAAAUAACUUACUUUUGAAGGUAGCUUGAUUGCCUCUUGUCAUAAAACAUUUGAUCAAAUUAGGUUAUUAAGUUUAAAUUGACCUCUAAGCCAUAAGCCCUGCCUCUCUGUUCCCAAGGCUGAUGUGGGUAUAGAUGUGUAAAGUUUUGAUAAUUUUUAUGAGGUAUCAAUGAUUAAGUAUUUCAAAAUGAGAAUAUAUAAUUUAAUAUAAAGUUUUUGCAAUGCCUGAAGUUAAAACAUUGGAAGUAAAUAAUAAUUGAUAUGUAAUUAAAUGUGUUUGGAGUAUGGGGUAUAGGUUAUUACAAAAAGUAUACAACGUUGUCUUUCUCAAAACAAGAUCAACGUUAUCCAUCCACUUACCCCUGAAAAACCAAACCUCCUCCAUUCCAAGAUUCAAUCCUCCAGAUUGAGGCAAAAGAGAGUGUAAUAUGCAGUGGAGGGAUAUAUUCACAAAAUUCAGACCAACAAGGAAGGGGACAGUAAUUAACACAAAAGCAUACAGAUCUCAACAGCUACUACUAGGCUUACAAUUUUCGGGAGAAGGCCGUCUAUUAAUAAAAUGCUACACAGAUUAAAGCAUGAUACAUUUGUAAUUGUCUGUUGGGACAGCAUGUUCAAACUUAUAAUAACCUUAUAACGAAACAUAGGCAAUGUGAAGGCUCCAGCACUGAGACCCUCUUUAAAUGCAAUCCAACCCAUAGCUCAUGUUAUUUAGCUAAACUUUAGAGCAGGUAAUGUAAGUUGGUAAGUAGUUAAAUAAUAUUAGUAGUAAUCAUACUUGGAAAAAGUAACCAUAAAUUUAAAAUAAAUGUUCGAAAAUGUGAUCUAACAUAGCUAGCUAAAUAGAUAAUAAAUUAUCUAUUUAUCUAUAAUAAUAAAUUGGAGCAAAAGUACGUAUUUUUAAGUAUUUAGCUGAGAAGGGGUCCUCCCACACUGUUUCAUCCACUGCUGGCAUCUUUCCUCUUGGGUGUUGGGAACAAAUUACUCCUCCCUCUAAACUUUUGGGGUACCUGCUGUCAGAUUUGCACCUUUCACUAUUUUGCGCCUUAACGACCGAAAGCUUGGACCUUCUUCAAGUAGUGACCUGUUGCUAAGGGAGGAUUGGUCAAGGCCAAUUGAGGGAGGGUUUUUUGUGAAAGGUCAAUUAUGUAGUAUUUGGUUUUCAUUUGGUGCACCAGUAAUGUUUUUUAAAUUUUAUUAGCAAUUUCAUUGUAAAAUGUUUUACAUUCAGCAAAGAUUGUACUGCUUUGUUGGGGGGGGGGGGGCAUUGCAUUGCAUGACAGGCAUUGUUAUUGUCGUAGCAACAAAUGUACUAUAUUAUUUCAUAUAAUUCUUUAUAUUUAUAUAUUUGUGUAUAUAUAAAGAAAUAUGUGAAAUAUAAUGUGAAAUGUAAAACUAUCUAUUAUAUAUUAUUUUAAUCAGAUUGUAAUUGUGUUUAUUUGUUAGGAAGAUGGAAGAUAAUUAAAUAUAGUUUUAAAAUAAUUUUUAAAUACAUUUAACAACAUUGCAAGCCAUAAUGUCAUGGUUGGCAGAAAUAGUUAUUUUGUGUGUGUUUUGUCUAUUGUAUUUGUAAGAGCCAUUUUCACAUGUUUUGGGUGUAGGACACAAAUUGUCCACUGGUGGCACUAGUGAGCUUGGGAGGGAUGCCUAUUUAAGUAGGAACCUUUCAACAGGUAACAGGGGGUGCUGUUAUGGGAGGAGCACAAAUAGUCUUUGACCGCUUCUAAUCGCUACACAGUUAAACGCUCAAGUGGAUGUACAAUGUUUGUUGUGUUGGAGCUUAAUUGGACACAUGGACUGGCAAGUUCAUUGGAACAACAAUGUGAACAAUAAAUGGCCAUCAAACGCAAUGAUGACUAUUGGAGUCUGAUUUCUACAGCCAGCUACGGAGCAGCAUGAGUGAGAAGAGAGCACGUCAGCUAUUUCAAUAGCCAUAGACUAUGUUUGUUUUUUAAGUCCAAAUAGCAGCCCCUCAGUGGCUUUAAGUUAUAGGCUUAGCCAUUAUAGUAUUAUUAUAUAAUCUGUAUGACCAAUGUGUGUAUGUGGACACCUGACAUCACUUCUACAGUAAAUGAGCUUGUGGGACAUUAAAAUGGGAUUCCAUCUAAAACAUAUUUACAAGUCCAACACUUCCUGAAAUUUUCCAGUCAUUGUAAAUAAUGCACAUAUACCAUGCAACUGUUCAACCUCUAACUGUGUAGACCUCCAACUGAGCUCAACACAUACUUGUGGAUUAAUUUACAGCUCCUGAUGUAUCAGAAAUUUUAUUGGGAAGACAAUGAUCAUAACAUCCCUACCCAUGCCUUCAUCUCCCUUUUUUACCUGUCAAUUCCCAUUAGUGGAUGUCUAGAUAAAAUUUUGUUGUACCUGUAAAUUGCCUUCAUAGAAUAUUUCAAUGGGUUAUUAUAUUGCGUUUAUUAGUCAUGUUUAUCUACCUUACAAAACUUAUAAGUAUUUUACUAUUGUACAUGAUUGUUGCUGCAAAUCAUGUCAUGACAUGAGAAUAGAGGUUACAUAGUCUACACAUGAACACCCAUUUGUCUGAAACGAAAAUGCACCUACCAGCAUUUUGAACAUAAUUUUAUAUACAUAAAUA